AUGGCGGUGCUGGCCGCGGCUGCAGCAGCUGACUUUGCCCUGCCAAACUGCCCAGACAAGUGUGGAAAUCUCACAAUUCCAUACCCAUUUGGCGUUACAAAAAAUUGUUACAUGGGACCUGACUUCUUCAUCAAUUGCACCGCCAACGGAACAGCGUUCUUGAGGAGAACCAACAUUCUUGUUACCAACAUAUCCGUGGAUCUCGGUGAGAUCCAAGUACAGCAGUAUAGGGCCUAUGACUGCUACGACGAGAUGGGCAAGAGAAACCACAACAUCCCGUGGAUCUGGGUGGCUCCUCCUUACACCAUCUCCGGUACCAAAAACAAGUUCAUGGCCAUUGGUUGCGAUACUUAUGCAACUUUUAGAGGCUACCGUGCAAACCAAGAAAGAUUCAUCACCGGUUGCAUAUCCUUCUGUGACCGCCUCUACAGUGGUGAGCAAGACUCUUGUUCUGGCAUCGGGUGUUGCCUAACUUCCAUCCCCGACGGUCUCAAAAAUUGUACUGUGACGUUGGCAAGCUAUUACAAUCAUACGUAUAUUAGGAGCUUUAACCCCUGCAGCUAUGCCUUUGUUGUGCAAGAAGGCCACUUCAGAUUCUCCGAUUCAAGUUUUCAACAACUCCACAACAAAGAGCUGCUUCCAAUGAUCCUUAACUGGGAAAUUGGAAAUGAGCCAUGCGAUGCAGCUCAAGAGACCACCCAGAAUUCAUCAUGCAAGGCACAUAGUAAGUGUGUCAACCCCAAUAAUAGCUCUACAGGUUACAUUUGCCAGUGCUUGCCAGGUUAUGAAGGGAACCCUUACCACCCCAAUGGUUGCCAAGAUAUUGAUGAGUGCAAGGCUUCAAACUCCUGUAGUAUUGGAGUGUGCGUAAAUUCCCCUGGAGAUUAUUCUUGUAAAUGUCCCAAAGGGUAUAAAAACGACGGCAUGAAUCCAAAGAGUUGCAUCAAAGACAAUCGAUCAAAGACCAUUCUCCUGCUUAUCAUUUCAUUAGGUACGUAUGCUUUAUUUACAUGUUAA